AUGGCACCCACCAUCACCGACGCAAUCACCAAAGACCACCGCGAGCUCGAGGACUACUAUAACAAGAUCCUCACCGCGAGCACCGACAAGGAAAAGACCCAGUGGCAGAACCAGUUCACCUGGGAACUAGCCCGGCACUCUAUCGGCGAGGAACUCGUCGUGUAUCCUGUGUUCGAGAAGAGCCUCGCUGAUGGCAAGGCAAUGGCCGAUAAGGACCGGAGGGAACAUACCACGGUGAAAGAAGAGCUCAAGAAGUUCCAAAACAUGAAAGCAGCCGACCCAGAGUUCGAACCGACUAUCAAAGCUUUAAUGGCGGAUCUCUCCAGCCACAUCAAAGAAGAAGAGCUGCAGGAUCUGCCCAAGCUGGAGGACGUCAUUUCCAGAGAAGAAAGCGAGAAGCUGUCCACCUCGUUUGGCCGUACUAAGAUGUUUGUUCCUAGUCGCUCGCAUCCCAGUGCCCCUGAUAAGCCGCCUUAUGAGACGGCUGUUGGUUUGUUGGCGGCUCCGAUUGACCAUCUGGCGGAUUUGUUUCGAACUUGGCCGCAUAUUUCUGGGAUGCCGAAUCCAUCCAUUAAGUAG